UAUAAUUGUUCUCAGGCUUCCUUCCUAAAACCAUCAAUGGAUUCCGGCAAGCUCCCCCGCCGGAAAAACAAAGUCAUCUUCGUCAUGGGCGCCACUGGCUCCGGCAAGACAAAGCUCGCCGUCGACCUCGCCCUCCACUUCAACGGCGAGAUCAUCAACUCUGACAAGAUGCAAGUCUAUGAUGGUCUUGACAUCAUCACUAACAAAGCCACCCUCAGCGAGCGCGCCGGCAUCCCCCACCACCUCCUCGGCGGCGUCCCUCCGACAGCGGACUUCUCCGCCGAGGACUUCAGCCGUGCCGCCACCUUGGCCGUCGAUUCCAUAAUCUCCCGGGGAAAACUCCCCUUCAUUGCCGGUGGCUCCAACACUUACAUCCAAGCUUUAGUCGAUGGUGAUGACGGUCUCUUUCGUGCAAAAUAUGACUUAUGUUUCAUUUGGAUCGCCGUCGAAUUGCCGGUUCUUUUUCAGUUUGUCGGAAAUAGAGUCGACAAAAUGGUUGAGCUAGGGUUGGUUGAGGAAGCAAGAGGAGUGUUCAACAUCGAAGACGAUGAUUAUACGAGAGGCGUUCGAAGAGCUAUCGGUGUGCCAGAACUCGAUAAGUAUUUCAGGGAUGAAAAUAAGGUAGACAGUGAUCGAAAAGCCGGGAUUUUGGGGGAAGCUAUUGAGCAAGUGAAGGUGAAUACUUGUAAACUUGUGAGUUCACAGUUGGUGAAGAUUGAGAGGUUGAGGGUGGAGUCGGGGUGGGAUGUUAAAAGGUUGGAUGCCACCAGAGUUUUCUUGAAAAGGGGAUCGCCGGAGUUUGAGGGAGCUUGGAUGGAGAUGGUGGUGAAACCGGCUUUGGAUAUAGUGAGGAGGUUUUUGAAUGGUGAGUGUGAGGAGGUUCUUGCUGUUGGUGUGUGUGUGUGUGAUUCUCAAAAUGGGAGGGAGAUGAUAUAUAAUAUAUAGAUAUUAUAAUAUGUGUGAUUCCAAAUAUGAGAGGGAGAUAAUAUAUAAUAUAUCAUUAUUAUUAUUAUUAUUAUAGGUAUCAUAAUAUGUGUAUGAUGAAGGCGGUGAGAGGGAACAAAUUGUUAUGAAGGUUUUUAUGUAUUGAAAAGAAAAAUAA